AUGCGUGAAAGUUUUGAUAUAGUUGUACGAAAUGAUAAAUAUACAUUGACAGUCAAAUUGUUCUACGGUGUAUCAAUUAUUCUGUUGAUCAUAUGGUUGAUCAACAUUUUACCAAGUCUUUUUCAAUGGAGAAUCAAUCAAGUCGAUCAUGAUGUAAUACUUAAAACAAUAGAAUUUUCGUGCAAUAAUAUAUCUGUUCCAAACGGGUCAGAAUCAGAUCUUGCUAGUGUAUUACACAAAAUAUAUUCCCCUAUCAGUAAAACGUCCGUUCAAAAAUACCCACUGAGAUUUAGUCUGGAAGAAAAUAGACUUGAGAAAUUAUAUGAUUCAUUGGGUGUGAAUAAAACGGUGAAGACGUUUCUCAAAUAUGGGCAUCGUAAAAUUUUUAGACCAAUGAACUUUUCAAAAUGUCACGCUUCGAAAUGUGCAGUUAUCACUGACAUGAACAGAUGGCGAGAAGCUGAUGCACUUAUACUGACAGAAGAUAAAGUGCCAAAUGGAAUUCGACCUCCAGAGCAAUUAUGGUUUAGUUUAAUAGAAGAGUCGCCUGUACAUAUUGCUAUGCCAGGUACACUGGAAAAUGAA